AUAAGUUAAUAUUUAUAACUUCCUCCAAAAAUGCUUUUUAAAAAACUAAACUCAAAAGCAAAAGUUUGGCCUGCCGAGCAUUUAUUUGGAGUAAUAUCUCUUCACUUUUCUUGAUGUAUAUAUUUCCGUGUACAAUAUAUUCUUUUAUUAUUAUUAUUAUUGAGAGAUAGAUGACACACACAAUAUUUUCACUCGCCCUACUUUCAGCCCCUCUUUUAAAAUUGCUGUAUUUUUUUUGUCCUUCUCCUAAACAAAUGUAGGGAAUCUACUUCCCUAUAAUGAUUCUGACCCAUUUUCAACGUAAGGUAAGCGCAGUUUGGGAAGUUUUGUUUUUGCAGUAUUGAUUUUCAUCUUCUUGCCUUCUUUACACUUUUUGUUGUUGUUUUUUUAAGUUAAUAGAAUAAUUUUUUGGAAGAGAUGAUGGCCAUCUCUUAAACUUAUCCAAAAAAAAUUGUGGGUUUAUCUGAGAUUUUGUUUUCGUGGUUUUGGUUUUUGGAUUUGUUUUUGUGAAUUGUAAAAGCCAUUUCAGUAGUAGAUUAAUUGGUAAGGUCUAUGAAGUAGCAAUUAAUGUAAAAUCCAAACUUUUUGGUUAUUUUAGGCUAAAAAUAUAAAGUAAAAAAAAGUAAUACUGUUAAACUAAUAAUUUAUUUUCAUAAACACACCUUUUUAUAUAUCCAUAUUAAAUGUUUGAAUAGAUUAAUUAAAAUUAAUAAGUAGAAGAAUAUGGGAAAAAAUCAUGAUGACGAUCGUGAUUAUCUUCCUCUUUUCGAAACAAAGUCAUCCAAGAACUGUACCCAGUUUAGAUUGUUCGUAGGAACAAUGUUAGUGGGGAUAUGCUCGAUUUUUGUGUACAGAUUAUGGUAUAUGCCAUUGCCAACCAAAGAAGAAGGUGUAGUACUCAUCAUCAGAAUCAUCAGACUAUGGGCUUGGAUUGGAGUGUUUCUCUCUGAGCUUUGGUUCACUCUUUAUUGGUUCGUCAAAAUUGUGGUUCGAUGGAAUCCCGUAUAUCGUCACACUUUCAAAGACAGGCUAACCCUCAAAUAUGGGGAGAAGGAUCUGCCGGGCGUGGACAUAUUUGUGUGCACUGCGGACCCAAAAGCGGAGCCACCGUUAAUGGUGGUGAACACCGUGUUGUCAGUGAUGGCUUAUAACUACCCGCCAGAGAAGCUUAGUGUGUACCUUUCUGACGAUGGUGCUUCGGACUUGACAUUUUAUGCCCUCUUAGAGGCCUCUAAAUUCUCUAAGGAAUGGCUACCUUUCUGCAACAAGUUCCGAGUAGAACCCAGAUCGCCUGAGGCUUAUUUCACCAAAGCUCCUCAACCACUCGAUGAUGAUCAUCGUUAUCAUUGGGCCUCCAUCAAGAGACUGUAUGAAGACAUGAAGAUAAGAAUUGAAAGUGCCACAAAAGCUGGCCAAAUUUCAGAAGCGAUACGCAAGGAAAAUAAGGGAUUUCUUGAGUGGGACUUUGUUUCAAGCAGACGUGAUCAUCAGACCAUUAUUCAAAUUCUUAUCGAUGGAAGAAACCCCAAGGCAGUGGACAUUGAUGAACAUCCUUUGCCAACUUUGGUAUAUUUGGCACGUGAAAAGAGACCGAAGUACCACCAUAACUUCAAAGCAGGAGCCAUGAACUCACUGAUACGAGUAUCAGCGCAAAUCAGUGAUGCUCCGAUAAUUCUCAACGUGGACUGCGACAUGUAUUCGAACUAUUCAGAAUCAGUGAGAGAUGCAAUGUGCUUCUUUUUGGAUGAAAAGAAGGGGGAUGAGAUUGCCUUUGUUCAAUUUCCGCAGGCAUUUGAGAACCUCACCGAGAAUGAUAUUUACAGCAGUUCCUUGAGAGUUAUAAUGGAGACCAUGCAUGAUGAUCCCAAGGUCGAGCUUCGAGGAUAUGACACUAAUGGAGGGCCUUGUUAUAUUGGCACUGGGUGCUUUCACAGAAGGGAAUCUCUUUCUGGUAAGACAUACAAUGAGGCGAGUAAAGUGUUACUAGACUGGAAAAGAAAGAAUGAAGAUGAUGAGGGAAUUAGUGCAGAAGCUCUCGAAGAAACAAGCAAAGUUCUUGCCAGUUGUACCUACGAAGAAAACACUCGGUGGGGAAAAGAGAUGGGUGUGAUGUAUGGGUGUUUGGUGGAAGACAUUUUAACAGGACUUAUGAUACAGUGUAGAGGAUGGAGAUCGGUUUAUUAUAAUCCAAAAAGAAAGGCCUUUCUAGGAGCUGCUCCUACAACACUGCAGCAAGCACUUGUGCAACACAAGCGAUGGGGUGAGGGAAAUCUUCAAAUCUUUUUCUCUAGGUACUGUCCCUUGAAGCACGGCUACAAAAAGAUUCCCCUAGGACUUCGGCUUUCGUACUUAGUCAGCUUGCUAUGGUCUCUAAAUUGCUUAGCUUCACUUUAUUAUGUCAUCAUGCCAUCACUUUGUCUUCUCAAAGGAAUCUCCUUAUUUCCCCAGGUGUCCAACAUAUGGGCUGUACCAUUUCUCUACGUCUUCUUCGGCAACCGGGCGUACAGCCUUGGGGAACUUUUGAUGUGUGGAGGGACAUGCCGGGAAUGGUUGAACUAUCAAAGAGUGUGGCUAUUUAAGAGGACCACUUCCUAUUUCUUUAGCUUCUUGGAUUUUGUCCUAAGGCUAUUGGGAUUUACUGAUGCACCCUUCAUCAUAACUGCAAAGGUGGUUGAUGACGAUGUUUCUGAGAGAUACGAGAGAGAGCUGAUAGAGUUUGGUACUACUUCGCCAAUGUUUACCAUUUUGACAACACUAUCAUUGCUCUAUGCGUGGGGUUUCAUCUGGGGAUUGAAGAGGUUGGUCUUCACUGAGCAGAGUUUGGUUCUUAACCCAUUUACAUUGCAGACUGUUCUUUGUGGUCUGCUGGUUUUCAUAAACCUCCCAAUUUACCAAGCCAUCUUUAUAAGAAAGGAUAAGGGUACGCUGCCCAACUCAGUGAUUUACCAGUCGAUUAUGCUCACUCUAGUAACAUGCUCGAUCGUCCAUUAUUAGAAUUCUUUGAAAGAUAACUCUAGUUGCCAGCUUGAAGUACUAUGCACAUUGUAUUUGUAUAAUUUGGAUAGGAUGAACCUCUAUGUGAUGUCUUCUAUGCCUAGAAUAAAUAAGCAAAUUAAACUUUUCAUCAA